AUGCCACCAAGCAGUUGGUGCGAGGAGCCAGAGUUUCACUCCCUGACGCAGGCUCUGCCUUGCCAGACGCUCACCAUGGAACUCCUCGAGACCAACCCUUACUUUUUUGCAGACCAGAGGUUUUACGACGGGGAAAACUACCUGAGCCCUCGCUUGCACGGCUAUGAGCAGACAGCCUACCAAGAGCGAGCAGCCAUGACCCUGUGCCCCGAAGUCAGGGCUGGCUUAGAGGAGAAGGCCUCAUCCCUGCCGGACCACAGUCCCGGCCAGUGUCUGCCCUGGGCGUGCAAAGUGUGCAAGAGGAAAAGCGUCUCCAUUGACAGGCGCCGGGCUGCCACCCUGAGGGAGAAGCGCCGGCUGAAAAAGGUCAACGAGGCCUUUGAAGCUCUGAAGCGGAGCACUUUAUUGAACCCCAACCAGCGGCUUCCCAAGGUGGAGAUCUUGCGCAGCGCCAUCCAGUACAUUGAGCGCUUGCAAGCUCUGCUCAGCACUCUCAAUCAGCAGGAGAGGGACCAGCGAGAACUGCGCUACUGCAACUCCAGCACCCAAGCAGUGGUAAGUGCCAGGGGAAGGGUAUGAGUGAGCUGUUGCCAUCAAGCGUAAGAGCACCCACACCACCGUCCGACUGUAGGAGCCAAAUGACUACUCUACUGGUCGCUCUUACCGAAUGCCUAUUUUGGCCCAUGGACAUAGGAAUAUAGGAGUUAUACCAAGGCAGAUAAAUUAUCCAUUUAGCUCAGUAUUGUCUACACUGACAGUCAGCAUUUCAUGCAGGGGGCAUCUCCAUCCCUACCGAGAAAACCUGGGGACCUUCUGCAUGCAAAGCAGAACUGAACUAUGGCCCUUCCACAACAGCACCCAGCAAGAUGUUCCCAAUUUCUAAGUUGGCAGUGAAUGCCAGCUUUUCUCGUUUCAGUCAUUGGCUCCUACACCAUACCUAUCUUGCAUAGAAUACAUAUAUUUUGAGUUAGCUGUAUCUUCGCAGGGAAUAGCAUGCAUCAUGUUUCCUAACGUGUUCUCACAAGGGGUUUUUCACCGGAAUUCAGUUCCAGCACCUCUCAGGUGGGCACUAUUGCCAUUAUAAAGAGAACAAAGGAGGUGUCCGUGGUGAAUUCUGGAACCUUUUUUCCUAGAAAAAUCACACUGGUUCUCACCAUUUAUGCAGCCUAAGGCAACUGUAAAGCCAGCCUGAGAAUUGAUGCAGAAAAGUCAGCAUGGACUGGAGGAUUCAUCCCCCCCCCCCAAGUGAAUUUAUCACAGUGGGGCAAAGUUAUUUUAGUAUUAUGUUGCCAUAUAACAUUGGUUGAGUUAUAGCCUUCAUGUUCUCAGCAUGCAGUGCUAGUGGAUAACCUGCAGGAAUAAUAAUAAUAAUAAUAAUAAUAAUAAUAAUAAUAAUAAUAAAUUUUAUUUAUAUCCCGCCCUCCCCAGCCGAAGCUGGGCUCAGGGCGGCUAACAACAAUCAAAAUAAUCCAACGUUCUAAAAACAUUUCAUUAUAAAAAUUAAUUAAAAUCAAAUUGGUGGCAACCAUUAAGCAAAAUUCUGUGCAGAUUGCCAGAAGAGGGGGUCAGGCUGCGCCCUGACCAAAGGCCUGGUGGAACAGCUCUGUCUUGCAGGCUGCUCUUCGUUGCGUUUCUCCAAAGUGCAGUUGUGGCUACUUUGCUACCUCCCACUUACAAUUAAGUACCAUUCAGCUAUUUAAAAGGCUGCAAUACAACUGUGGUAGUCAAAGCUGGGUUGAAUUAAAAAAAAACAAUUUUGAAAUAUACUUAAAGUGCAUUAGAUGCUUUUCAUACCAACAGGAUGUUCCCUUUAUUGUCUACAUAGAAGAUGGGAAUAAACAGCAGAACCAUGACUGGCACACCCCUUGUAACCAAAGUGACCAGCAUACAGGACUUUAUUCAACAGAUGACUAUUCAGAAGCGAGUUCUAGCAUAUGUGCCAAUGAGAAAGUAUGGCGGGGGGGGGGAGCUUUGAUAGCUGGACACCUGUCAAGUUCAGAUAGGUUACUGGGUCUCCGUUUAAAGAUGCACAAGGGCAUUUGGGUACAAACCUGGACCUACAGUCCAAAGGGGAAGAAGAGGUGCUUAAAAGGUGAACAAAUGCUUUAGAAACAUUACUGAGUUUCUCUUCUGAAGCUUCCCUGUAGCCGAGGGACUUGCUUAGCUCCACCUUUCAGGGCAUCCUUUUCAGGAUCUAGAUCUUGUAACACAUUUUGUUUCAUGGUUUUCUUGACAUUGACAUGUAAACAUCAAUAAUGAUGGAAUGCACAGGUGGAGAGUAUUUUUAUAGCUAUAUUAUUUGUAAAUGUGAUCUUUGCAUGAGUUAACACUAUUAUUCAUUUGGAGCUGCACUGUACUUUCCAGGCUGUGACACUUUGUGGUUUACAUUUUUUAUUUUUGCUAUGUCUGCACUUAAAAAAUAAUAAUACAGAAAUCAGGAAGACAGCUGUUGAUAAAAGAAAGAAAUGUGUGAAAGCAAUUGUUCUUCCUGUCUUCUGAAAGCUGUUUCACACUAGCUGCUGUCUGAAACCAAAACUGUAAACUUCAGGGCUUAUACUGAUCUUCCCCUUCCAUUGUGUUGAGCAGCAACAAGUGUUUUGAUGUCUGUUGAUCAAUUUCAAAAAGGGUUUGGGAGGAACAGCACUAGAGGAUUUUUGAGGUAUUUUGCAACAUCUAACAGUUCUAUUUAAAAAGCAGGGUGAAGUCUUCCUUUUUAAAUAGGAAACUCCCAUUUCCUCUACAUUGUCUUUAAGAAUAAGAAAACUAGUCUUUUGCAUGGUCACUUUUUAGCCCAGGAAAUUCCCAGCUGUUAAUUAGUUGCAAACAGAGGAUAGCUGCACUUCUGUUUACUAGCCCUGAAGGAUUCCUUAUGUUUCAUACCUGGAAAAUUUUCCACACAUGCAAAUAUAUCCUCCUUACUGCAACACAAAGAAUGUGGUGGCCAGGCAUAACUUGAUUGUUGUGGGGGAUAUUUUGUGAAAAUCAACAGAACUCCCCCUUUCAUAUCUGCCUCACUUUGCAAAACUUGCCCUCUGGCUCUGCUGGACUAAAUUAAACACUCAUCCACGAGCAGUAGUUUCCUUUAUUUUUAAGGUCAAAGAGCAGCAUGGUUACCCCAUCUUCUUUCCAGCUACCUUAUCAUUUCAGGAAUCUUUACUUUUUGUAGGCUGCAUACUCCCAUAUAGCACAAAGCCGGCUCUGGAAUGCUCAUCCAGACUGAUUUAUUUUUUUAAGAGAGAAUAAUGAACAGCUGCAUGCUACCCACCUGCCCCCCCCUCAAAUCACAUGCACACAGCAUGGCUGUACACACAUUGCCAUUGAGUGAGGAUAGGUUACUGUACUACUGGUUCAGAAUUCAGCUUACAGGAGUUUUCCCCCCCAAGACACAUUUAUGGCACUUCUGUAAUUAUGCAGACAUAAAGCAAAAAGAACAGUGGGAACAUCAGUACCACAUGCUAUAAACUAAAUCAUCAUCUCUCUCACACACAAACACACACACACAAAAACAAUAAGCUCAUGCACACACCCCAAUCUAAAUUCCAGGGGGAUCCUGCAUACAAUGCCAUUUCACUGCCUUUAGGACUUUGUCAGUAUUUUCAAUCAGACAGCUGAGAGACCAUUCCUGGCAAAAUAACAAAUAAAUUCCAUACAGGAUGCUAAAAGGACAAAAAUAACUUUUGAGAGUUAGUGAAGGAACAAAUGCAAGGGCACAUUCCUAAUGGAGAUCCUUAAAUGUAACCAAUCCUAACAGCCUCCAUCUUCCAAUUUCAGGUGACUAGUGACCAUGGAUCCAGCAGCACCUCAUGCAGCCCUGAAUGGAGCACCCAGCUAGACUUUAGCACUCAUCCUGGAGGUAAGCAGGAAGCCUUGUCCAAUGACCAAUUCCUCUUUGGAGGUUCCGCCCUGUCAUCAGCCAGCACCAUCACUCUCAAGAGCUCCUUCCAGGCUUUUCUGCUCUCUCCCCUCCACCUCUCUAGGCAUGUUCCUGCUGCCUGCUUCCAAGGUCCUAGAGGCAGGAAAGCCAUGCACAGUCAUGAAGCUUCUGGGUUUCUAAGCACAGGCAUCCCAAAAUGUUGGUUGAUCAUUAAACCAUUGUUUUUCCAUAAGCAGUUGACAUCCAAUAUAAAAAUCCAUUGGUCUAUCAAGAUGUCUCUUUCUCCCUCUGAUCUGAAUCAGCUUUGAUUUUAAAAAAUCAGAAUUGAGAGACCAUUUGAUUAGGAAGAGACUAGCUGAUGGGCUUGAUUCCAUUUGUCCCCUGAUAGAGCACAUUUUUUUUUUUUGAACCUGUCUGUUCCAUAUUAAAAUAUGCCAUAUCAUUCUGACAAACUUUCAAAGGUGUCUACCAACAGUUUGAUGGGAUAAAAAGCUCUGCAAAAGUAUCAAUACAGUUGUACGGCAUUGCUAAAGUGCAACAGGAAAUUAAAAAACUAAAGCAAUAGCCCAAACCAGAAGUCCCAUGAUUCAUUUUUGUAACCAUGCAGUGGAAUGUCAUCAAGGGCAGAGGAUCUUCCGCACCUUAUAUUAAAAUUAAAAACAUUUUAACUUAAAAUGCAAUUUUUUAAUAACCAUGUUUAAUAACACUGCUUCUUAAAUUCCUGCCAUUGUACAAAUGAAUAGAGUUUCCUCUGUAAUUAGAAACCAGAGGAAAUUCAAAUGAACUGGAACAGAAUCCUUUCUUGCAGGUGCAAUGGAUGCUGAGUUGUACAAAAAAUGGGGCUGGUGUGCUUUAGCCUGCAAUCGAGUAUCAUUAAAUUUAGUAUGAAGGUUGUGGGGUGGAGUAGGGGGGAGAGAACACAUCCUUCAGACAGAGAGAGGCAUACACAGCACUAAGCUACAUUCCACAAAUAGUCUGAGCCUUUAUUUCCCCCCACCUAGGAUUCCCUCUACCCUUGUUCAGCAGCAACCAAAUUCUCAGAGAAAGCCACCUGCUUAAGGUCACUCUCUUGUUCUCCGCAGAUCAUUUGCUGAGUGAUGAUUCUUCUGAAGACCACAAUCUUCACUCGCUGUCUUCAAUUGUGGACAGUAUUGCUGUGGAGGAUGUGGCCGUUGCGUUCCAAGAGGAGAGGGCUCAGAACUGAGGAUCCAGACAGUGAUGUCCAUCUCAGUCUUUCUUUAUUCAAAAAAAAACCCCAAAGUCAUUACCCGCAGAUUGUAGGGUAGAAGAAACAUGAUACUAGGACUUUACAAUUAAGAGAAGUUUCUCUGCUCUCCUCACUAACACUGGAUGAUGUUCCAAAGGGGGGAAAGGUCUCCUUCCCAACUAACACUGGAUUUUUUUUUUUAUUUCCCAUGCCAAAGUCAUAGACUUUAACCACUGAAGCCACUUAUCCAAUUCCAUACACUUGAAAAGUGGUUCUUUUUUCUUCUGCUUUCCCCCAGUCAGAAGCAAGCUAAUGAGAGAGGGGCCUAGUAAUUUUCAUAGUCUGCUUGCUUUCCAGAAAGGAAGGGUAUCGUGGCUUUACUGAUAAGCUUAUGGAUCUCAUUUCCUCUGGAAAUUGGGCUGGAGUUGACUGAUCAAAGCAUUCUGAUGUAUUACUGGGAACACUAAGCGUGUGAGAAAUUACACUCCUGUGUAAAGGAAGGAUUCCAGUGUGGCCUUUAUUCUUUCUUCCGUUUUUGUAGAAGUUUUGUUUCUUUUGGGGGCCAAUGGUCUUUUUUCUAAAGAAAUGUGGGUGUGUGCAAGUGUGUAUUUUUUUUAUUUUACUUUAAAAAUACUGUCUGACCAACUUCUUUUGGCAGUCUGCAAUUUCCAGGCCCAGAAGCCAUAUAAAAUGCUGCCUCUGAAGUCUUUUCUACUGUGUGAAGUUGCCAUUUUUUUGUAUUUUUGCUAACUUAUUGUGGGA